AUGCCCGUCACUCAGAUUCUAUUGCUUCGCCAUGGAGACCGGCAGCCGUGGUCAUUAAACCCCGCAACAGGCGAAUACUCUUCCCGCGAGCCUUUUCCCACAGGGCUACCGGCUGACCCUCCCCUUGCCCCCGGAGGCGUUUUCCAGUCAGAAGAAACGGCAAAGCACCUCAGUAACUACCUGAAAGAGCACGCUGACCAAGGCCGGCUGCGCAUCUACUCCAGUCUCUUCUACCGCUGCCUGGAGACACUGCGGCCUUCCGUGGUCGCGCUCAGAGACGCCGUAGGCGAUUCAUCAGUUGGUUUAGAUAACCUUCAAGUCAGAGGAGAGACAGGGGUUGGAGAAUGGUUCGGCCGUGCAUGGUUUGUACAACCUAAACCGGGAGAUGCAGCCCAGCUGCGCAAGUUCUUCCCCUGGGUAGACGAGAAAUAUAAGCCCAAGUUGACGCCGGCAGACAAAGGGGAGAAGAUCCACGAGCUGCAUGAUCGCGUUGCAAAGGGAUUGGCAUUGGUGAUUGAGGAUGUUGACAACGAAUUUGCUGCAGCCGGCAAGAGUGAUCAAGAAGUCACUCUGCUAUUUUGCAGCCAUGCAGCAGCCAUAAUCGCCAGCGGCAGAGCUUUGACGGGAAAUGUCCCUGCCGACUACGAUGAGAUAGAUUUCGGGUGUUUCACCUCUGGUAUCAGCAAGUUCGUGCGCAAGAAGAUCCCCGCUGCGGGUGAAGCAUACUUCAGCGACAACUGGCGCAACCACGGAGGCGUGGCUGGAGGAUGGGAUUGUGAACUGAACAGCGAUACUAGCCAUUUGUCUGGCGGUCCUCAGAACGGAUGGCACUUCCAAGGUGAUCAGGCGUUUGACUCGUAUGAAGCAGCUUCAAAGAUGGGCGUAACGGAAUUGAGUGGCAGCAGGGAUCCGUGA